GAGGGUUUUUGUUUGUCUAGUCUAUAUAUACUGAAUAGUGCCUUCUUUGUUUUCAUUCAUACCAUCUCUAUCAAGUCCUUUUACAUUAGAGACAACAGAGAGAGUUAAAAGAGAAAAGCUUCUUUGUUUGUUCUAUUUCUAUCAAUUUGUCCAUUCCCAUUCAGAGAAGGAAAUGGAGGUUACAAACAGCUCUAGAUUUAAGAGGGUUUGCGUAUUCUGUGGUAGUAGUUCAGGAAACAAACCUACUUAUCAAGAAGCUGCUGUUCAGUUGGGGAAGGAAUUGGUGGAAAGAAGGAUUGAUUUGGUUUAUGGAGGUGGUAGUAUUGGACUCAUGGGUCUUGUUUCUCAGGCAGUUCAUGAUGGUGGGCGCCAUGUUUUAGGGAUUAUUCCAAGAACUCUAAUGCCUAAAGAGUUAACUGGUGUGACUGUUGGAGAAGUUAGAGCUGUUUCUGAUAUGCACCAAAGGAAAGCCGAAAUGGCUCGUCAAGCUGAUGCUUUCAUUGCCCUUCCUGGUGGAUAUGGUACCCUUGAAGAAUUACUUGAAGUCAUUACUUGGGCUCAGCUUGGAAUCCACCGUAAACCUGUGGGACUUUUAAAUGUUGAUGGAUUUUACGACUCGCUGUUGUCUUUUAUUGACAAAGCUGUUGAUGAAGGCUUUAUUUCUCCCUCUGCACGUCGCAUUAUCGUUUCUGCCUCAACAGCCGAGCAAUUGAUGGAAGGACUAGAGGAGUUUGUGCCGGAGUACGACGAGAUAACAGCAAAUUUGGUAUGGGAACCAGAGAAGAAGAUAACUUAUGAGCCAGAAUCAGGAGUUGCUAUGUAGUACUGAUAGGGUCACUGAAAUAUUGUGUAUGUUCUGUCCUUUUUUUUUGGCUACCUUUUCUAGAAGGUUUUUUUGGGGGGGAUUUAACAUAUACAUACUUCAUCGGAAAAUAUCGCGUAUACACAGUUCUGAUCUUUCUUCUCACAUACAUACUUAGCAGCAAAUAUCCUAGAAGGAAAAUGCUCUUAGGGACAAGUUUCAUCUACUAUAAUAUGUCGGCUGACUUUAUUUUUUAAAUUUUUUUUUGUUGUUGGUGACGAUGAAUUAACUAAGCAGGUCAGGUUUAAUUAAGUUAAUUCAAAGAAAUUUCUCAGUC